AUGGUGGAUGCCUCAUGUGGAGGCACAUUUAUGCUUAAGAAUGAGAAUCAGGGGAGGGACUUGUUUGGGCAGUUAGCGGAGAAUUCACGACACCGAGCCGCAUCAUCUCGCACAAAUAGGACAACUUCUACCUCUUCAAAACAUAGUGGCCUUUAUGAGGUGGGCCGCUCUGAUGAUCUUUCCUAUAAGGUAGAUGCAUUGACCCGCAAGUUUGACACUUUCUUAUCUUUGGGUCAUGGUCCUUCACAUUCUUCACCUCCUGCUGCUGUUGCGGAGGUCUGUCAAUUGUGCUCCAGUCCGUGCCAUCAAAUAAAUGAGUGCCACAUGGCAUCUCAAUUUCCAGAAUUUCUUCAAGAGCAUGUGAACGCUGCCCAAGGGUUUGGUAGGCCAGCAAAUGACCCCUAUUCUAAUACUUACAACCCCGGCUGGAAGAAGCAUCCCAACUUUGGAUGGCGACAGCCAGACCAAGGGCAACCAUUUGCCCAACCUAUGAGGCCUUCAUUUCCUAAUACUUCCAACACACAGGCCUAUUGUCCACCACCCCAGUACCAACAACCUCCUGCUCCUCCUGCGUCCUCCCAAAGGACACCAGCUUUUGAGGAGCAAAUGUUGAAGGCCAUGGCUGAAAUGAGAGCCGAUUGCCAACAAAUGAAAGCUGACUCCCAAUUGCUUUACUCCCACUCUCAAUCCAUUGCCAAGAUGGAAACCCAAGUGGUUCAGCUAGCUAAUGCUCUUAACCAUUGGGAUGAGGGUAGAUUACCAAGUCAGCCAGUGGCCAACCCACGAGGGAUGCACUAUAUUGACAAUUCGCAAGGUCAUGAACAAGCGAAAUUAGUUGUCACCCUCAGAAAUGGGAGAGAUGUAGAGACUCGACCGGAGGAGGUCAAAGCGAAGGAGAAAGUGUCUCCACCUGUUGCUAAGAGGUCUAGGGUUGAUAAGAGGUCUAAGGAGAAGAAGACCGAUCUAGUGUCUACAGAUGUUCCAGGGUCAUCUGAGACCCCAUCUUAUAUUCCUAAGGCACCUUUCCCGAUUUGCCUGAAUGCACCUUCACCCUUUCGCAAGAAGGGAAUAUCCACUGAUAAUAUCAUGGAAGUGUUCAAGCAAGUUAAGAUGAACAUCCCAUUGCUCGAUGCCAUUGAGCAAAUCCCAUCUUAUGCCAAGUUCCUCAAGGACUUGUGCACUCACAAACGGAAGGCUCGAGCCAAGUUGUUAGAGCCCAUCCCCAUUCCUCGGCAAGUUAGCUCUGUUCUUCAAUCUAACACUGCCCCCAAGCUUGCUAAUCCUGGUGUGCCCACAAUCUCUUGUGUCAUAGGCAAUCACUUUAUUAGUAGGGCACUCUUAGAUUUAGGGGCAAGUGUCAAUCUUUUACCAUACUCUGUGUACGAGGAGUUGGGGCUUGGUGAGUUGAAGCCCACAUCGGUUACUCUGCAGUUGGCCGAUCGUUCUGUGAAAGCCCCAUGGGGCACGUUAGAGGAUGUCCUUGUCAAGGUGAAUAAUUUCUACUUUUUUGUUGAUUUUAUUGUCCUUGACACAGAGCCAGUCCACCCCACAACCCUUAAAUCUCAAACGCCUGUCAUCUUGGGUCGUCCCUUUCUAGCCACGGCCAAUGCACAGAUUUCUGUGAGGAGUGGAGUGAUGGAGCCUCACGAGGAGGAAGACUGCUUUGCAGUCGAUGUCGUUCAUGAGUUAAUAGAAGAGGCGUUGCCGUACAUUUUGGUUGAGGAUCCUCUUGAGGCAUGUCUUGCCCAUUUUGGCUAUGAGGAGUUCGAUAUUGACCAAUCCAUUGCUGAGCAUUCCAGCUCUUCCCUCCAUAGAAGCCCCACCGAAGCUUGA